CCUCCCCCGUCUGUGCUUGAGACGAAAGCGAGCAAGCGAGAGAGAUUCCUCACACUCGCUCGCACGCGCACACCAACCUCAACCAUCAGCUCCCACCGCCAGCGGGACGCGGCUCUCGAACCUUCACCUUCCCCCAUUGCCUCCUGCUCCCUAGCUCCCUGAGACGAGACCGGCGGGCGUCGGGAGGGUGGUGGGCCUUCUACCGAUGCAGCGGCGGCGGGGCCCCCUCGCGGCGCUCGCGCUCGCCGUCCUGGUCGCCAUCGCGGCGGCGCGCGGCGCGGACGCGUCCAUCCACGAGUACUCGGGCGGCGGCUUCGCGCCGCGGGCGAACUCCUUCUUCUUCCACGGCGGCAGCGAGGGGCUCUUCGCCUCCGACCCCUCCUCCAACUCCUCCGCCUCCUUCAUCAGGUUUGAAUCUGUUACAUUUCGACGAACCCAGGAGUCAAUAGCUAGGCAUGAGGCGAUGCAGCAAAAGACAGGAUUAGUUGAGGCUAUUAUUGUUGAGAUCCAGGACAGAAGCAAGAUUGGUGGUGCUUACUUGCAUUCUGAUGCAAUAUGCUGCACUCCUGAGCUCGACAAAGAGAAGUCCUGCAAAGUUGGUGAAGUGAUUAUACAGCCCAAUCCUGAUAAUCCUGACUGGCCAAAAAGGGUUCAGACAUUCUUUAAUGGUAGAGAUGAAGAAGCUAACAUGGUGACACAAGUAUCUAUAAACAAAACAGGGAUGUACUACCUCUAUUUUAUGUUCUGUGAUCCACAGCUCAAGGGAUUGAAGAUUACAGGCAGGACUGUUUGGCGAAACCCACAAGGUUAUCUCCCUGGUAAAAUGGCUCCAAUGAUGACAUUUUUUGGUUUCAUGUCUCUUGCGUAUCUUGUACUUGGGCUUCUGUGGUUUCUUCAGUUUGUGCGAUGCUGGAAGGAUAUUUUGCAGCUGCACUACCAUAUAACAGCUGUUAUUGCUCUUGGCAUGUGCGAGAUGGCUUUCUGGUACUUUGAGUAUGGUAACUUCAAUUCAACUGGAAACAGACCUAUGGCCAUAACCUUGUGGGCAGUUACAUUUACUGCCGUGAAGAAGACUAUAUCUCGCCUUCUUUUAUUAGUAGUUUCUAUGGGAUAUGGUGUUGUUAGACCCACAUUGGGUGGGGUUACAUCUAAAGUAGGUGCUCUUGGUGUCAUCUAUUUUAUUGCUUCAGAAGGUCUUGAGCUUGUUGAAAAUCUUGGAAACAUUAAUGACUUCUCUGGGAAAACAAGGUUAUUUCUGGUGUUGCCUGUUGCUAUACUUGAUGCUACCUUCAUUAUCUGGAUAUUUUCAUCGCUCUCUCGAACUUUGGAGAAGCUGCAGCUGCGGAGAAGUAUGGCAAAACUUGAAUUGUAUCGGAAGUUUACAAAUUCUCUAGCUUUAUCAGUUCUUGUCUCAAUUGCUUGGAUUGGCUAUGAGCUAUACUUCAAUGCAACUGAUCCAUUGAGUGAGCUAUGGCAAAGGGCUUGGAUCAUCCCUGCCUUUUGGAAUCUUCUCUCCUAUGCCCUCCUUGCCAUUAUAUGCAUCCUUUGGUCUCCAUCUCACAAUCCAACAGGGUUUGCGUAUUCGGAGGAUACAGCUGAUGAGGCUGACGAGGAAGGGCUCUCUCUUGUAGGCAGUGCUGUGAAAGGAACUGGAGACAUGGUGAACAUGCAUGUGUUUCCCGAGGAUAAACGAGCAUAGCAAGUUACGAUUAGUGCAGCUGUACUCCUGGCUGAGUGCUAUGUGAAGUACCGUUUUCCUCUGGAUUGACGGCUAGCUCAAGUCUUCUGAAGCUUGCGUGCAGUCCCAGUGUACAGGUGGUGACUUUGUAUUGAAGGAUUUGACUUCCAUAGAAUUUUACUUGUCUGAAGAUGACUAUCCAAUACAAAAUGUGCGGGAAAUAAACACACUUGGAGAGCGUGCUGGGGUUACUUUAUGUAAUUCCUGCUGUGGCGUGCGUAGACUCGUAGGUUUUGUUGGUAGAAGCGCACCUUGCUAAAGUACUUUUUGACUGCAUCCUCACGUAAUGAUAUCGUUUGUGUAUGAUCACAUCGUGGCAAUUGUUUAUCUAUUGCUCGUAUGUAUGCAAUAUGGAAUCUUGGGGUUUAUAGAUAUAUUUUUUUCAUCUUU